CCUUCCGGGAACUCCCUUCAUUACUCUGCGCUAACAUUCACCGUCAUGGCCAUGGCAUCCCGUCUAGCUCUUCGCGCUCUGGCCCGCCCCCAUCCCCGUAUCAUUUCAUCUAUUCCUACUGCAUCCCGGUCACUCGCGACUCAGCCACCCAAAGACCCAGAUGCGAAAGCGAGCGAAAUCAUCAACAAGCUCCCUUCCGCGCCCGGUCUGCUCACGAAGACUGGUACGGCCAUUCUAGGUACCGGUUUGACGGCUGCAGCAAUCUCGCAGGAGCUUUAUGUCGUUAAUGAGGAAACUGUGCUACUUGUGGGAUCUGCCAUUUUCUUCACGUUCUUGGUAAAGGCCAUCAAAGAGCCCUAUGUGAACUGGGCAGAGGGACACAUUAGUCGUAUCAAGAAAGUUUUGGACAGUGCGCGGGCCGAGCAUACGCAGGCCGUCAAGGAGCGUAUCGACUCCGUUGGCCAAAUGAAGGACGUCGUGCAGCUUACGCAAGGCCUCUUUUCACUGUCAAAGGAAACUGUGACACUGGAAGCAUCCACCUUUGCUCUCAAACAACAAACUGUACUCGCUGCCGAGCUUAAGUCGGUGUUGGACUCGUGGGUCAGAUAUGAGCAGCAACAGAAGGAGAGCGAGCAAGCAGAGUUGACCAAGACAGUCAUUGACAACGUGAUGAAGAGCAUCAGCGAUCCCAAGGUACAAAAGGAUGUUUUGACUGAGGCCGUUGCAGAGAUCGAGAGGUUGGUCAAGGCAAAAGCUGUUUAGACUAGUACACACAAAUAAGCAGAGCUGUAGCAGGAUGUAUAUGAUCAAUGACGUCCACUACAUUUUGAGCUGUCAUACAUGCGACUAUUUGUAAGUUAAAUGAUUUGUGAUAUCGUCCAGGACACGAAGCUAUAGGCUCUUGAGUGUUUUUUCAUUGUUUCCAACUAUCAAAUAGAAUGUGGACCACUGGUGUUGUGAAUGGAGGAAAUUUGGAAAUUGAGCCCAA